CCGUUUGGACAUGCGCCGCUUUUACGGGGAAAUUGCCAUCCUGCUCUCUCUCUCUGUUCUUUCUCCUUCACAUGCGUUUCUUUGCGAGUGCCUAGAGGUUCUCCAGGGCCAGGGUUUUCUCUCUCGCCUUUGCUCUGCAAUACGAUUUUCUACAGUCUUGGAGUGCCUGGGUUACUGGUUUCUCCAGUUACUCUGAUGGCGGAGAAUCCAUUGCCAGGGCUUUGACGGUAGAGAUGAUCGCAUGGUACACUUCGCACUGUCUCGGUUGAGUGCUCUCAAGAUUCAGAAAGGAGAUAUCACUCGGUGGUUCGUCGAUAGUACUUCCGACGCCAUAUCCAACAGAAUACUGGUUUCUCCAGUUCCUCUGAUGGCGGAGAGUCCAUUGCUAGGGAUUUGAUAACGUCCAACGGUGGAGAUGAUCGCAUGGUUCACUUCGCACUGUCUCGGUUGAAUGCUCUCAAGAACCAGAAAGGAGAUACCACUCAGUGAUUCGUCGAUGGUGGAUUGUGUGUUGGUGGCACUUGACCAAAAGUUCCCAAGGAUUGGGCUCCAUCAAUGAAGGCAAGGCUUUUAAUGGUCUGCUCAUGUCAACUAUCAAUCUAUCAUAGUUCUACCCUGUCUAUGGUGGAUUGAAGUCUGCUGCUAUUUCAAGUAAACAAACACAUGAAGAAAGUGUAUUGUCCAUUUGGUUUGUUGAUGGAUGUGGAGAAAUGGAUUCAGUGAUGGAAGAUUUGGAUCGAGCUGAUGAACGGACAUUUAGGGUUAAUUUCAGUAGGGAUGGAGUGGUAAAGCUGCGAGAGAGAGUGAAGGAAAAGUUGAAAGAGUUCAUGGGGGACUACACCGAUGACACUCUCGUGGAAUAUGCCAUUGUUUUACUCAGAAAUGGCAGGCAUAAAGGAGAGGCGAGGAGUGAGCUGAAUGUUUUUUUGGGGGAUGAUAGCGAUUCUUUUGUAUCCUGGCUCUGGGAUCAUCUCUCUUCAAAUUUACAUCUAUAUGUGCAACCUGGAGAAACUUGUCAAGAUGAAGUGACUAAGAGAAAGCCUGUAUUGAUUGAACAGACAGAAAGAUAUGAUCCCAAGGAUCUAGAUUCUGAAUCUGAAAGGGAAAUCUUAACCAAGGAACCUAGAAGCCGACGGAAUAGGGAAUGGAAAGGACUAGUGAGAGAUGUAGCUGAGCCCCCUCCUCUUCGAAGCUCAGAGAUUGGUGAUUUGCACUCAGGCGAGAAGACUCAUGGAGGAUCUGGUCGUAAUAAACGAUCACACUCUCCCCGACCUUCACACCAAAGAAAACGGAAUCGACAAGAUGAUCGGCAGCCAACAAAGAGAGAGCUAAACUCCCAUCCAACCAUUGAUGCCCCUCGCCGGUUGCUUCAAUUUGCUGUGCGAGAUGCAGUUGGGACUUUAAGGCCAUCAAAUGCAAGAACAGAGUCGGCAUCAAAACGUCUUCUUUCUGUGGUUUCAACAUCCACAGGAGAUUCGUCCUUGGGUGAUAGAUCACAGAGGAUAAGAUCGGUUGCAAGAGUACCAAGUACAAUGAAAAGUGCAAUUAAAGCAUCAGCAGAAGCUGCUGAAGAUGUAACAAAGGUUAAAUGUUCAGGAAAUGUAUUCAACCGAUUGGGACGGGGUACGAAUGUGUCAGGGGCAACAGCCCAAGCAUCAGGGUAUGAAAUACAUACUUUGAAGAACAGAGAAUAUAGAGAUCUUGACCAAGUUGGAGGAGUGGCUAACUCAGAUUAUAUGCAAAGACAUGAUUAUGGUGAACUGACAGGGAAUAUGGCAAUGUUGGACAGGGGAGCUGUCUUGACAUCUGAUUCUGUAUCUGAUAAUGAUGGUUAUGAUGAUGUUGUGGAUCACAGGGUUAUAAAUGCUUCUCAGACUGAUACAUCUGUUGGAGACAAGGAUGGAGAUUCACUGAUGGUGCAGUACAGAGUAGCUAAAAAUACAGAUGAAGCUGCGAGGAAAACACGAAUGAAAGAUCAGGAUCCAUCUUUGGCAGCAAACACUUCUCGUAAGAUUGUGAAGAUCUCGGUGAAUGUAAAUACAUGGAAACCACCACACUAUGAGGCUCCAGGGGAGGUUAGAGACACAGAGUAUAGGAAAACAGCACAUGACAGCGGGGUGGGUGAAGUUAAGCCUGGUAUUCGGUUAAUGAAAGAGAAGAACAAUGUUGCAGCUAGUAUUGAGAAUGAAUCACCUACUAUGCAGGCUCCUCAGGAAUCUCAAAAGACUGUGCCCCCUGCCACUUGUUCAUAUUCUACCAGUCGUCCUUCGGAGGAUGCUGAUUCUAGGACCAUCUUUGUCAGCAAUGUUCAUUUUGCUGCCACCAAGGAUACCCUUUCUCGACAUUUCAACAAGUGUGGUGAAGUUCUUAAGGUUAUUAUAGUGACUGAUGCAGCAACAGGGCAACCAAUAGGGUCGGCCUAUGUGGAGUUCAUGCGG